AUUAUAAUCCUGGUACUAUGUUGUCCACGUACCAAACGACCCCUAGACCCCUAGCUCUGUCAUCACACAACAGCGGCCGCCCCUGUUCUUCAUCUUUCUCUUGACAGACGAACAGACCCAUGAGCUGCCGCCUCCCUCCUCUCUAACUCCCUCCUCUCUGAAGAACUAGCAGCCGUCCAUCCUCACUCUCACACACACGCCAAAACGGCUAAAAAAUGGAAAAGAAAAUCCUCUGAGAUCUAAAAAAAGGGAAGAAAACUGAAAUAGCAAAGACUUGGAGAAAUUCUCAUUGAAAAAAGGAAAGCAAAUCGUGUUUGAAUCUUGCUUGGAAGUGAAGUGCUUAAUCUCAAAUUUCUGGCCGUUUUAGAGCUAUGGUUUUCUAUUAAUUUGUGGGUUAAUCUCUGGGCUACCAAGAGUGAUUGAACUCUUAAAUUACUGCCGAGCGCUGCUGAUUCACUUCUUUGCUGGGCUCCAGAUUUAUUUCCUAUCACCGCCUCUCUUUAUUCUGUCGCAGCAAGAAUCUGUCAAAAAUAAUCCUUCACCGCCAUCGGCAAAUCAACCUCCCUUUCGGCCGUGCGCCGCCUGCCUGCCCUACCUUGUUUGGUUGUCUUCGAUCUCGGAUUCUCGGUUAUACCCUCUGACCCUUUUAUUUGUUGGAGAUUGUGAAGGAGGGGACCUCCUGACGUAUACCAAUGACAACUGCUCAGACCAUGACGAGUCAUCUUAAUAAUAAAGUUAAUGAGCGUGCAGCCUCCUUUGCUUCCAAGGUUCAGAACCCAACUUCAUCAUACAAAAGAUUGGGAAGGAAAUCACCAUUUAUGAGAUAUGGACUUCCUAUGAUCUCACUCACGGUGCUUGGAUCUAUUGGUCUUAGCCAACUUCUGCAAGGCAGCAAGGAUAUAGCUAAAGUAAAGGACGAUCAAGAGUGGGAAAUCAUCGAAACAAGAAAAGCUCUUUCCAGGGCUGGACCUGUCAAUGCAUAUAACCCCAAAAAAAUUAACCUGGAGGAAGAACUAAAGGCUUUGCAGGAGAAGGUGGAUAUUAAUGAUUAUGAAUAUAAAAAAAUCCCUAAGCCCAAGGAAAGCGCAUAAAACAACGAAAAGGUUACUGAGAUUCUCGUGUGCUAUAAUUUUGCAGCUCGUAGGGAUUCUCUUUUGCAAUAAUAUAGCAGCAGUGUAGCUCUUCCUUUCCUUGAGUUAACUGGUGAAAUUUUUUUGAUCGGUUGUUGCAUUGUGUAUGCUUUUUUAGUUGUAUAUGCAGCUCUAAGCAGGCUGAAUGUAAGUGACUCGUAGGCAAUUUUGGGAUUUUAAAUUUCCUGAAACAACCUAUCCAGAGGAAAGUCAGCUGUGGCAUUAAUGUGAAUAUUUAUGGAAGUGUUAUGUGUUCUCUUA